AUGGACUAUCUCUUUGGAUACAUUCCUCUCAUAAUUGCCUUGCAUAUCUUCACUAAACACUCUCUUCGUAAACUGAAAAAUCUCCCACCUAGUCCCCUUCUUAAUCUGCCCAUUUUUGGCCAUCUCCAUCUGCUGGAGAAACCCCUCUACAGAUCUUUAGCCAAGAUUUCUGACAGUUACGGCCCAAUACUUUUACUUCAAUUUGGCUCCCGCCGUGUCCUGGUCGUGUCCUCACCUUCGUCGGCCGAGGAGUGCCUCCAUAAAAACGAUAUUAUUUUUGCCAACCGGCCCAAUCUGAUUGCAGGAAAACAUAUAGGAAAUGAUUAUACAACCGUUGUAUGGUCUCCUUAUGGUGACCAUUGGAGAAACCUUCGAAAAAUAUCUUCAAUUGAAUUGUUAUCCACUCAUAGACUCGAGAUGCUUCAGAGUGUUCGUACUGAUGAGAUCAAGGACAUGAUAAAAACGCUCCACCGAUAUUCAGACGCACGUCAGACUGUUGAUAUGAAAACUGCCUUCUACGACAUGAUGAUGAAUGUGAUGAUGAGAAUGAUUGCUGGAAAAAAAUAUUACGGUGAGAAUGUGGAAGAUAUCAAGAUGGCAAAGAGGUUUAGGGAGAUUGUGCAUGAUACUCCUCGGAUUGUAGGUGCGACAAGAAUACAAGAUUUUUUGCCAGUGUUAAGGUGGCUGGGAGCUGGAGGGGCCGAGAAAAGAUUGGUGAUGUUACAGAAAAAGAGAGACAUGUUCAUGCAGGAACUGGUGGAACAAUGUAAAAAAGGAAUGGUGAGUACAGCAGCUGGUGAAGUGGGAAGAAAGGAUAAUACAAUGAUUGAAGUACUGUUGAAGCUGCAGGAGAAAGAACCUGAAUAUUACACAGAUAGAAUUAUCAGAAACCUCGUGAUGGCAAGAGGGACCAAUACAUCAGCCGGAACAAUGGAGUGGGCGUUGUCUCUUUUACUGAACAAUCCAGAAGUCUUAAAGAAGGCACAAACAGAAAUAGAUAAUCAUAUAGGAAAUGAACGUAUUAUAAAUGAAUCAGACAUAGCCAAUCUUCCUUACUGA